AUGAGCAUGGCGACCAUCCAGGCCAUCGAGGCUCGCUCGGUCCAUCAAAUCCAAUCCGGUCAGGUCAUCAUUGACCUAUGCUCCGUCGCCAAAGAGCUCAUCGAAAACAGUCUCGAUGCUGGUGCAACCUCAAUAGAGGUUCGAUUCAAGAAUAAUGGAUUGGAUCUAAUCGAAGUGCAGGACAACGGCAGCGGAAUCGCACCGGAGAACUAUGAGAACGUUGCCCUGAAACACUAUACCUCAAAACUAUCCACCUACGAUGACCUCGCUAGUCUAAACACGUUCGGUUUCCGCGGCGAGGCGAUAUCCUCGCUGUGCGCCCUAUCCGACUUCCACAUCAUAACCGCGCAGGCGCAGCAAGUUCCACGCGCGAGCCGACUUGAUUUCGAGCAAUCCGGAAAGCUGCGAAAACCGCAGAUCGUCGCUGGGCAGAAAGGAACAACAUCAUCCGUUGAAGGCAUUUUCAAGAGACUCCCAGUGCGCCGACGCGAACUAGAGAAGAAUAUCAAACGGGAAUAUGGCAAGGUGUUGAAUCUGCUUCAUGCCUAUGCUUGCAUUAGCACCGGGGUCAAGUUCAGCGUUAAGAAUACGGUUGGCAAGACGCGGAACGUAGUGGUCUUUUCUACAAAUGGAAAUGCAACUACGAGAGAAAAUAUCGCCAAUGUUUACGGUGCCAAGACGCUUUCGGCGCUCAUUGCGCUGGAUCUGGAUUUGGAGUAUGAGCCUUCGACUGCCAUGAAGCGGGCUGGAGAUGCAGACGGGCUGAAUAAAAUCCAGGUUCAGGGUCAUAUCUCGAAGCCGGUCUUUGGGGAGGGACGGCAGACGCCUGAUCGACAGAUGUUCUUUGUUAAUACGCGCCCCUGUGGUCUGCCGCAGAUUGCAAAGGCUUUUAAUGAAGUUUACAAGUCUUUCAACGUUUCCCAGUCGCCGUUUGUCUUUGCUGAUUUCAAAAUGGACACGGAUGCUUAUGAUGUUAAUGUCUCGCCUGAUAAGCGCAUGAUUUUGCUACAUGACGCGGGGGCGUUGAUUGAGUCUCUAAAGAAGUGUCUUGCGCAAUUAUUUGAAGCUACAGAUCAGACGGUGCCGCAGUCGCAGAUCAAGUCCAAGACUUUUGCAAAGCAACAGCCGUUGGCAUCACUUCCUGGAUUCAUCACUGCUCGACAGCUCAGUAAAAGUGUUGAAGCGGACAGCUCCAGUCCAAGUCAGAGCAGAGAUAGUCCAGCGGGAACACCUGUUGCUAGUCAGCAGAGCGCAACCAAUCGUUUUAUGAGCUCAAAAGAAGGCAUGGAAAGCCCAUCAAAAGCAACACCUUCUCCAGCGUCGUCUUUGAGAAUGCCACGAGCUGCAUCGAAGCCUUCUCAGGCUGCGACUCCAAUCCCGUCUGCGAAUGAGCCGGAAUCGACCAUCGGUGAAACUGACAACGAAGAGGCUCCCUCUCAGAUAGAAGAAGAACAAGAUGAGCAAACACAAGAAGAUCCAUCCUCCCAAUUAUCAGCUUUGGAUGAGACUCCUAGUCGCCGACGCGGCGACUCAGAAGAAACACCAAAUGUCGUUCAGAAUGCCUUUGAUAGGAUGCGACCUCGACGAAUGCCUGCUGAAAUGGCUACUAUAACUAUUGGCAAUCGAACUGUCACUUCCAUGGUUGGCAGUGGUCUACCACGAAAGCGGGCAUCUGAAGAUCCACCUCCCCUGAGAGAAACACCGCGGCGAAAGAGGCUCUCUCAUACUCCAUCACGGCCUAAUAUCUUCGGAAAGCACAUGCAGGCAUUUGCUGCGCCAGGAUCACAGGCGGAAGAGGACGAUGAGGAGGAGGACGAAGAAGAAGAAGCAGACGAGGAAGUUGACGACGCAGAUGUUCUCGAAGAAGAGGAAGAAGAAGAAGCUGCGAGUGAGGCUGAGCCGAUGGAGGAAGAUGAAGAAGGCGAGAUCGAGCUUGAGCAGACGCAAGAGACUCGACAUGGCGAUGAAGAACCCGAGGCCGAGCCAUCUAAAAACGCCGAGUAUAUUACCGAACAAGAUCCGCCGGAGUCGGAAGAAAAGAUAACAGAACCCAACAGAGAUGGCACCGACGCGAACGAAAAUCUCAAUGAAGCCGAGAAAAAAUCACGGGAAGAGGCCGUUGUCCAACGCUUGAUCCACGAAGCCGAAGAAUCCGCCGUUUCGUCUCAAGACAACGCCAGUCGUGCAAAUAGGAUGAAUAAGGGCGCCGCACAUCGUGAUGCCACUAUUCACCUCGCCAGCACAGUCGAUGGAUCCGUCUCAAAACUCCAGUCCCAAAUCGCAGCACUGCGCGAGGGUCUGCAAAAGCGUGCCAGGCCAACGGACCAAGAAGCUUCCGACUUUGACGAGCAAACAGCCGAAGACCGACUGUCCCUCACUGUGAGCAAGAAAGACUUCGCCCAGAUGCGCAUCAUUGGUCAGUUCAAUCUCGGAUUUAUAAUCGCCGUGCGUCCCGCCAAAGAUGGCGAAGAACUCUUCAUCAUCGACCAACAUGCUUCAGAUGAGAAGUUCAACUUUGAACGACUACAAUCUGAAACCGUUGUACAGAACCAACGUCUUGUUCGCCCGCAACGCCUCGACCUCACCGCCGUUGAGGAGGAAGUUGUUCUUGAAAACCGAGCGGCACUCGAGAAAAACGGGUUUGUGGUGACUGUCGACGAAAGCGGCGACGAGCCCAUCGGCCGUCGCUGUCAAUUAGUCUCUUUGCCCCUCAGCAAGGAAGUCGUUUUCGGUAUAAGGGAUCUGGAAGAGCUCAUUGUUCUAUUGUCCGAGUCUGUUUCGCAUGAAGUCUCCGUCCCGCGACCGAGCAAAGUGCGCAAGAUGUUUGCUAUGCGUGCCUGUCGAUCUAGUAUUAUGAUCGGUAAAACUUUGACGGGGCGGCAGAUGGAGCGUGUCGUGAGGAAUAUGGGGACUAUUGAUAAACCGUGGAAUUGUCCGCAUGGAAGACCGACGAUGCGGCAUUUGAUGAGUCUUGGACAGUGGGAUGGAUGGAACGAGUUCGAGGAUGAGGAUGAGGAUGAGAAUCAAGGGUUGGACCCUUGGAAGCAGUACUUGGAGGCUGCAGAGGAAGAAGAGAAUGACGAGGAAGAGGAGGAAGAAGAAGAAGAAGAAGUGGCAUAG